GAUUCAGUCUGAGAGGAGUUUGCCAGACGAAAGGACGGACCGAAAAGUUCUCGUGCGCGGCCCCAAUCGUCUGCGAAAACCGACUUGAAAUUUGCAACUUUUUGGCCAAUUAUUCAAGUUGUGAAAUUGUGUAGUUUGCGGGAAACGUGCAUUUUAAGGAAGAUUUUCGACUUUGAGUUGUGGUAACAUUGUGGGGUGUUUUCUAAAUUUGAGGAUGACCUUUGUUGACCACUGCUGGGCUUCCAGGUAUCGAACAAGUCGACGGAGUUUGGCCCCGUGAAUUCUUCGAAUUUUGGACCUUUACAAAUCUGAGGAUGCUGCUAAUUCGACCCACCCAGCGGUGAAUUAUCAAACCAGAAGAAGCUUCAACCUGUAUUGUGAAGGGAAAAAAGUGAAAUAGACCAACAAAAUUUGUGAGCGAAUUUAAAAAUAGAAAAUAAUAAUAAUCUGAAUUCCGUAAACAGUGCUGCACCAAACGACGCUAAUGACGUGUUAAUCUGUUUGAAAACAAGAUUUUCAUCUAAUUAAGAAUGCUUGCUCGUGCAUGUUGAGUGAAAAUCUUUUUGAAGGUUUCCGAAAAAAAAUGAAAUCUUUAUAGAAAUCGAUCCUAGACUUUCCAGCAAAGUGCGAAAGUCAGCGUUUCGAGAGCGAGGAAAAUCCAAACAAUUUUCCAAAUCGAAGAGAGCCAGAGAGUGAAAAGUGCGCGUGAGAUAAAGUUUUCCACCGCGCGCUCUCCAGCGGCAAAGGUGUGUUGGUGUGCCAGAUGUGACGACCACAAUCGAGGAAAGAUUCAGAUGUUCAUCGGACAAGAUCUGCUCUGCCCGACUUGUCUUCCGGUGACAGCAGCCGCGGCGUCAGCAGUUUGUUUUCGUUGCGUUCUGAUAACGUAAUAAACAAAAGUCAGUUCGCCACACGCUCUCUCCUCUCUCAUCCCCUCACACUCGCUCUCUCUUUGUUUUCACCGUUUUCCCUCACCAUCGCCCUCUCGCGUAUAAAAUUCUCACGCUGAUAACGACGACGACGAGUAGGCGGCGGCGACGGCUGCUAGUGUGUUGGUGUGUGUUUGUUUGUUGUACUUGGAGUUCCGAGUGCAAGCGACCUCGGUGCGGCAGCAUUUAACAAGUUGGUUCAAAGGGAAAACCCGGAAGUGUGUGGCGCACCGGACCGGAGGAGAGGACGGGAAAAGAGCAUUUCGAUAUCUGCUGAAACACACACAGAAAAAACUUGAGCUCAAAUAAAUUGCGCUAGAAUCAUCACCACCGGAGUGACAAAUCUCUCUUUUCCCGAGUGGAACAGGUCAAAUUGGAAUACGCUUUGCAGUCAAAAUGAACUGAACGAAAAGCUUUCGCGGUUACGGUCAACCCUAGCCACACUCGCGGGAGCUCUUCGAGGACAGAAAUCCGUAACAGUCCGGGAAAAGAAUCUCCAAAAUGGCCGAUUCCGUCAGGACAAUCCACCGGAGUGACAGUGCCACGCUGAUGAACGCCGGUGGCGGAGUCAUGGGGCCAGGAACCGGCGGUGGACCAGCCCACCACGGCCACUACGAGCUGACCGAGGUAUCCGUGGUGGACAUUAACGCAUCGUUGGCCGCCUCGGCGCCCCUUCUGCCGACGCCACUGGCCAGCGCAGCAGCGUCGUCCUGUCCCGUGCCACUUCCGCCGUCAUCCGGAAGUGGUAGCGCAACUACGACUGGAGGCGCCACGACCGCGACGGGCUUCAGCAAUCUGUUCAACCUAUCCAACAGUGCGGACCUGACGGCGGUGGCGUACAACUCGUACACCCAGAACGUGCGCUGCAAGUCGCCACCGACGCUCGUGGACAAUCUCAAAAACGGGACCAUUGGAAACUCCCAGAGUGCUCUCUGCAACGGGGCCAUCAUGACGAACGGCCAGACCAAAGACUCGAACCUACCACACGGGCUGGUACGGAAAGUCCUCAACAACAGCGAGAACGGCCAGAAGAAGGGCAUGGUGUCCCUCACCCAUCUACCAAAGAGGCCCCCGAUCGACAUCGAGUUCGCCGAGCUGGCCUACUCGGUGCCCGAGGGUCACAAGGCCCACAAGCGCAGUUACAAGACGAUCCUCAAGGGCAUCAACGGCAAGUUCCGGUCGGGCGAGCUGACCGCCAUCAUGGGCCCGUCGGGGGCCGGCAAGAGCACGCUCAUGAACAUCCUCGCCGGUUACAAAACAUCCAACCUGAUAGGAUCGGUGCUGAUCAACGGCAAGGAGCGCAACCUGCGCAAGUUCCGCAAGCUGUCCUGCUACAUCAUGCAGGACGAUCGGCUGCUGCCGUACCUCACCGUACGGGAAGCGAUGAUGGUCUCGGCGAACCUGAAGCUCGGCAAGGACAUUUCGCUCGAGCUGAAGCGCGAGAUCGUCGAGGAGAUCAUCGAAACGCUUGGUCUGCUGGAGGCGGCCACCACGUUGGCGCUGAACCUGUCCGGCGGCCAGCGGAAGCGUCUUUCGAUCGCACUGGAGCUAGUAAACAACCCACCUGUAAUGUUUUUCGACGAGCCGACCAGCGGCCUGGACAGUGCGACCUGCUCGCAGCUGAUUAAUCUGCUCAAAUCGUUGGCCCGCGGAGGCCGCACAAUCGUCUGCACGAUCCACCAGCCGUCGGCACGUAUCUUUGAGAUGUUUGACAAUCUGUACGUGCUGACGGAGGGCCAGUGCAUCUACCAGGGCAUGGUCAACGGACUGGUGCCGUUCCUAGCCUCGCUGGGACUCGAGUGUCCCGGCUAUCACAAUCCGGCGAAUUAUGUCAUGGAAGUGGCCUGCGGCGAGCACGGUGACUGGAACAGCAAACUCGUAACGGCGGUCAACAACGGCAAGUGCAACAACUACAACCAGCCGCUGCUAGUGAAGAGUAAAUCCCAGAAGAAUGUCGCACUGGAGCGAGACACCAGCGUCGACCAACCACCGCCGGCGGAAAAGAUCGUCCUAUCGCUCGGCGCCGGCGAGGACGAUCUGGUGAAACCAUCCGCCAAGGAGUUCACCACGAUCAACAUGCCAUCUGCGGGCGCCGAACAGCCGCUCAACAACGACGGCAACAAGUUCUCGUCCGUACCGAGCAGUAAACCGGCGAUGGUCACCACGGCCACGAUGACGGAGGAAACGGGAAGUUCCGUCGUCACGAGCACCACCGCCGUAGGUUCAAACGCAUCCACAGCCGGUCCCGGAUCCACCGGGAUGCCACUCUCGGUGUCCUCGUCCAAGCCCACGUGCACCACGUCCCUGCUCGACUCGACCGAGAGCGUCAGCAUAGCCGUGCCCAAGAAGCUGACCGGCUUUCCCACCUCGGGCUGGAUGCAGUUCUGGAUUCUGCUCAAGCGCACCUUCAUCACGAUCAUGCGCGACCAAACGCUGACCCAGAUGCGCCUACUGUCGCACGUGAUCGUCGGCGCCAUCAUCGGCAUGAUCUACUACGACAUCGGGAACGACGCGGCCAAGAUCAUGAGCAACGCGGGCUGCAUCUUCUUCACCACCAUGUUUACGAUGUUCACGGCGAUGAUGCCCACGAUUCUAACCUUCCCAACGGAAAUGGCCGUCUUCGUGAGGGAACAUCUCAACUAUUGGUACUCGCUCAAGUCGUUCUACUUUGCUAAAACGGUCGCCGAUCUUCCAUUUCAAGUCCUCUUCACCAGCGUGUACGUGAUCGUCGUGUACUACCUGACGUCCCAGCCGAUGGAGCCAAAGCGGGCCGGAAUGUUCGUGCUGAUCUGCAUCCUGACGUCGCUGGUGGCGCAAAGCUUGGGCCUGCUGAUCGGGGCCGGCAUGAGCGUCGAGACGGGCGUCUUCCUCGGCCCGGUGUCAACCAUUCCGAUCAUCCUGUUCAGCGGGUUCUUCGUCAACUUUGACGUCAUCCCGAAGUACCUGCAGUGGCUGACGUACGUGAGCUACGUCCGGUACGGCUUCGAGGGCGCGAUGGUCUCCGUGUACGGGAUGGAGCGGGCCAAGCUGCAGUGCACGGAGAUUUACUGCCACUACCGGAGCCCGCAGAAGUUCCUCGAGGAGAUGUCGAUGGACAAGGCCGAGUACUGGAUCGACGCGACCGCCCUGUUUGGCUUCUUCAUCGGGCUGCGCGUCAUCGCGUACUUUGUGCUGCGCUGGAAACUGCAUUCCAUCCGUUAAGAACCUACCUAACUAAUUAUUAGCCACACUCUAUAGAGUAUAUAGAAUAGAGAAUUUGCAGCAAAGCUAAAAGACGCGUGUCGCCACCUAUGAACAAAUAGCGUAAACCUAUGAUUUUUAGAAAAAAUGUGUUUUUCCCUUCCUAAUCAACAUUUUUAUAAAACUUAUGCCGGAUUCAGAUGAGAAAAAUUAUUUCCAACAAUUUGGUGUAUAACUUUCCAAUAUUUGUUUGAUUUUUAUAUGAGAAAACUGUAAAUUUAGAAAAAGAUAUUAAUUUGGACUAUUUGGCAAGAAAGUCUGUCAAAAAUCAAUACAAAUUGUUGAAUAUACGUUAACACAUCUGUUAUCAACUAUAUAACUGUUUAUUUCAUUGGUAUAUACGGGGAAACUCAUUUUUUCGUGUUCCAAAACAUGUUUUUUAAAGAAAAAGGUCACAAAUUUUUGCGCGCCCAAAAGUUGAUGUUCAUUAUUUUAAAGCAAAAAAUUUUUCUCGUCUUUUGGAACCAGUUUCAUUAAGAUUGAUGCAGGGAAUCAUGAGAAAUAAGCGAUUUUGUUCUUCAAUCCAGCAGAAAGGAAUGCGAUUUUUGGCAAGUAACCUCAUUUUGGCGCCACCUACAUUUCAAACACAGUCGCGCUGCAAAACCUCAAUAGCAAGUAUAUCCCAUCUCUCUCUGUCUGUCUGUCUGUGGUCAUGUGUAUUUUCACCAUUUACAAAACCUAUAAUAUAAGCUCGUAUGUUUUUUUGUAAGCGAUAUUGUGCGCCCGAUAUUAAGUGAUUGUUAAGAAACAUGCUAGUGCAACCAUUCGAUAGCAGUAUAUCGAAAAAAUGCUUUAACUUAAAGGGGGAUGAUCAAUUUAUCAAACAUGAUUCGGAACAACCAUCAA